GGUUUUUUUUUUGGUCGGAAAAUAACGCGGGCAGGGCAAAGCAGAUAACCACCAAACCCCUUCUUCCUUCUUCCACUUUCAUUUCCCAGAUUGCUAGGGUUUAAGUAUUUGCACCUCUCUCACCGUCACAGUCUCACAGCAAUGUCAUUCUACCGCCUGCUCCACCGCUCUCUCCGCCGCCCUUCCACCCCAACAACCCUACCCCUAACCCAAUCCCUCUCCUCCCUCCACCUCCACAACCCUAACCAUCACAUUCCUCUCCAUCUCACUACCCCCACGCGCACCUUCGCCUUCUCCUCCGCCGAAGAAGCCGCCGCUGAGCGCCGACGCCGCAAGCGCCGCCUCCGCAUCGAGCCCCCGCUCAACGCCCUCCGUCGGGACUCACGCCCCCCUCCCCCACGGGACCCGAACGCCCCCCGCCUACCUGACACCACCUCCGCCCUCGUCGGUCCCCGCCUCAACCUCCACAACCGCGUCCAGUCGCUCAUCCGCGCCGGAGACUUGGACGCGGCCUCCGAGGUUGCGCGCCGCUCGGUUUUCUCCAACACUCGCCCCACCGUCUUCACCUGCAAUGCCAUUGUGGCUGCAAUGUACCGCGCCAAGAGGUAUAAUGACGCUAUUGCCCUCUUCCACUUCUUCUUCAAUCAAUCAAACAUUGUUCCUAACAUUGUAUCUUAUAAUAAUUUGAUUAAUACUCACUGCGACGAGGGCCGUGUCGAUGUGGGCCUGGAGAUUUAUCGGCAUAUAAUUGCAAAUUGCCCCUACAGUCCCUCGCCCGUGACAUACCGGCAUUUGACUAAAGGGUUGGUCGAUGCUGGGAGGAUAGGUGAGGGUGUGGACUUGUUGAGGGAGAUGUUGAAUAAGGGCCACGGAGCGGAUUCUUUGGUUUAUAAUAAUUUGAUUAAGGGGUUCUUACAUUUGGAGAAUAUGGAGAAGGCUGUUGAGCUUUUUGAUGAGCUUAAAGAGAGAUGCUUGGUUUAUGAUGGGGUCGUGAAUUCAACGUUUAUGGAUUGGUUUUUCAACCAGGGGAAAGAGAAGGAGGCGAUGGAGUCAUACAAGUCCUUGCUUGAUAGGCAGUUUAGGAUGGUCCCGGCAACUUGUAAUGUUCUCUUGGAGGUAUUGCUUAAGCAUGGGAAGAAGAAGGAAGCCUGGGAUUUGUUCGAUCAAAUGUUGGAUAAUCACACCCCGCCAAACUCCCAGGCUGUGAAUUCGGAUACAUUUAACAUUAUGGUUAAUGAGUGUUUUAAGCUUGGAAAGUGCGAUGAGGCAAUUGCCACCUUUAAGAAGGUGGGGACAAAGGUGAAUUCAAAGCCAUUUUCUAUGGACGUUGCGGGGUAUAACAAUAUCAUUGCUAGAUAUUGUGAGAAUGGGAUGUUGCCGGAGGCUGAGACAUUGUUUGCAGAAUUGUCCUCAAAGUCAUUGACCCCGGAUGUCACGACUCAUAGGACGCUGAUUGAUGCAUAUUUGAAGGUAGAGAGGAUAGAUGAUGCUCUUAAGAUAUUUAGCAGGAUGGUGGAGGUUGGUCUGCGAGUGGUUGCUAGUCUUGGUAGUAGGGUGUUCGAUGAAUUGAUUAAGAACGGGAAGGUAGUAGACUGUGCGCAGAUUUUGAAGAAAAUGGGAGAAAAAGAUCCAAAACCAGAUGCCAGUUUUUAUGAAGCUGUGAUCAAGGGGCUUUGCAACGAAGGUGCGCUUGAUACAGGCCGUGAUUUAGUGGAAGAGAUGGUGAGGUAUGGCAUUGGUGUUCCUCCAGCAUUACAGCAGUUUGUAAAUGAGGUUUUUGGAGAAGCUGGGCGUGGUGAAGAGAUUCAGAGAGUAUUAAAUACAAAUAUGCGGGGAUACCAACCACUACCUAGAGAGGCACCACCUCGGCAAUUCCAACCAAGAUCGCCUCAAAUGGCAGGACAGGAGCCUCCGUCAGGACCUUCUCAAAUGGCAGGACAAUAUCGUCCGUCUUCGGCACCGCCCCAAAUGACUAGACAAUAUCAACCGCCAUCUGGACCCUAUCAGCCACCAUCUGGAACGUAUCAGCCGCCUUCUGGACCCUAUCAAAAGACUGGAACUUACCAAUCACCACCAACACCUCUACAGAUGGCUACAAGCCAGCACCCCACAGCUCAAUCCCCUCAAAUGGCUGGACAGUAUUGCUCUUCAUCAGGAGCCUCCCAAACGGCAGUACCACGCCACCCUCCGUCCAGACUCCCUCAUGUGGAAGCUUCGAACCCGCCAUCUGAAGCUUUUCAGAGCUUAGUACCACCUGCUCAAGGGACAGGAUCUCACCAAUCACCAUCAGAACCCCCUCAAAAUACAGAACAGCUUGGAUUACAGGUAAAACAGGAUUAGGGGUUCCUGCCAAGACUUGAUGGGAGUUUCCGGUAAAUACCCGCUGUCGCUGUGCCAGGAUUAGGGGUUCGCUGCAGUCUAAUGUCGUCGUCAUGUUGCCGGAGCAACGGACAGUCUCCGCCCUGCUGCUGAUUAGUCCACUAUAUUCUUCUCCAAAGCCGCUUCUCCUUCCCCCAUUUUCUCCCAAUAAAGUCGAAGUUAUUAUAUUCUGAAAAAUGUAGGGGGAAUGUCAGUCAUGAUUCGAAGAUGUAUUGCCUUUGUUUGGACCGAGAUUUUGGUUUCCAUUGUUGGUCAGAUUUUGCUUGUACGAGUGUUUUUGUAAAUGUGAACUUAGAAAAGCAGAUACCUGAAUUGUAACGCUCGCUGACACUCUAAUAUAUGUAAAUUCCACAUACGGAUAUAACAAGAAUAAUAAGUCAAAUUACAUGCA